AUGACGGAGUACUCCAUGCUGUCACAGAGACAUUGCAAUAUACUUGUUCGGCAGACACACAUAGGCUAUCCACCAAAUCGCCGUUCCGUAAAUGAUAUUGGUCAUGAAACGGAUAUUAAAUACUGCGUGGCUAGGGCUAUCCUCGAUCAUCCAUCGAUUGAUGAAGGUGUACGCAAUGUCGAACUUGUCUUUGACCGAACUGGCUUUGUUACUCAUGCUGAGUAUAAUUUUGUCAUGGGUGCUCUAAUGAAUUACAUCGUUCUAUUCAACACGACAAGGAACGAGUGUGUUUACAAAAUGCGCUAUGGAAGCAUCUGGGCCACUGGAGAAUCAAACAGUACAGGUCUACAACAACGAAUAGUGAUUAGUCUUAUAAAAACACAGGAGAACGAUAUUUCUAAGGCGCGUCGUUGUACUGCUGCUCAACAAUACCGCGCGUUUGCGGCCAAGCUCGUGGCGGAAGGAGCUCACAGAGACGCGGCAUUUUUGAGCGGACAUACUCAAAGAACACAAGUUCUCAUGUACAGCAAUACAUUUAUUGAAACCUCAAUAUCGGGCUACUGCUUGUUAGAAGAGCUAGCUUGCAAAGAAGCUUCUGCGAGUUCUGCAGAAAUCGAAGCAGCUAUUCAACAGAUACGGAUUCACGGAUUACGACAGUGUGAUGAUGAAAAUGCUUCCAUCACGGAAGAAAAAGUUGAGGAGGAGACUGAUGUUGCAAAACAAGGAAACCAAGUAGAUUACUCCUCAUCGAGUUCUUCUGAUGAAGAUUUCAGUACCUUGCAAGUCGAGCGCAAAGAUGUUACCGUUCUAACACCUCUAUUUGUUGAAACUGGUAGUGCAAAAUAUGCCGAAGAAAUACUCAAUCCGAACUUAGCGAAAAAACCAAGAAUAGCCUCUGAUGAAAGCCAGCAUGUGCAAAUCUUCAAUGAAGAAGAUAUUAGAACACUGCUUGAAGAACAUAACCUACGGGAAUGCACUACUGCUCCUACUGCUCUUACAACCGAACAAGACUUUAUGGAUUUUGCAGCGAGGAGACGUGCUAGGCCUAUACAGGACUUUCCUUGGAUAGCGAUUAGACCAGUACCUGAAGUCCGAGGGAUGGGUGCUUUCGCUAAAGUAGACAUUCCACGAGGAGCGAUAUUUUGUGACUAUAGAGGGUACACAGGGAAGUCUGAAACUGUUUACGGUAAAAUUGACACAAAAGAUGAACAGAUGCAAAAAAGGAUUCGAAAUUAUGCCCUAGAAGUCACAGUUGACGAAGGUGGAGUCAAAUACAAAAUGGUGGUGGCCGCUCAUUUAUUAUCAUACGAUGGUAGCGUUGUCCUGGGACGGUACUUGAACCAUAGUAAGCAUGACAAUUGCGAAGCAGUGAAGAAGAUCUGGACUUCUAAGGAUAAUAGAGGGAAUGUUGUUGUAACUCUCUGGAUAUUAUUUAAGGCGAAAAGAGAUGUAAAGAAAGGCGAACAGCUUCUAUGGAACUAUGGAAAGGAGUUCGAUACCCAAGACUUUAAAGAAAACUGUUUGUGCAGCGAAUGUAAAAACAAAAGAAGAACAGAUACGCAAGCAACUGAGUCUUCUUCAGUUCCUCUUGAAGAACCGUCCAGAGAGGCCUGGGAAUCCCAUUUCAUCCUUUCACAGCACCUUGCUGGGAGUGGAGUUCAACCGCCACCGCUGACUUCGUAUACGUUGCUAACAGAUGUAACAAUUAGAGCAGGACUCAGAGGUUUGACGUAUGAGCAAGACAGUAGCAAGUCACUCACAAGCAUACUAGAAGAAAGCAGAUUAUUGAUCCUAGGAAACAAAGCCAAGGGAGAGGAUCUCCAUAACAGGAGGAGUAUUCUUGCUUGCCUCCUCCGAAUGGUUAGUGCCGAGGUAUUGGAGCGUGGUCACCCAGUGGUAAUGGUCUUCAAGCGCACUAUACAUCCAACAUCAUCUCCAAGAGUAAUACUAUUCGGGAAUGAACUUCAGCGAGAGUCAAGAAGGCGCUAUGGAAAUUGCAUAGUAUACGCAUAUGGCGAAAAUAAACUGCUUUCAUUAAAAGAACAAGGGCGAGACCAACGACAGGAACUUUCGCUUGCACAAGAGUGUAGGGCUGCUCCGCUGUUCUUCAUUCGUCGUUCAUCGGAGCAUUGGAAAGCCUUAUGUGAAGAGGAGAACCCAACGGUGGAAGACAUCUUCAGGGCUACCGAGAAGCAGUAA